AUGGGAAAGAAGGAUAAGUUGUAGUAGGUUUCUUUUCUUAUGGAAAAGUUAUACUAAAUUAACAAGGAUUUAGGAGGAAAUGAACUAAUCAAGGAGAAAGCUAAAGGUACUGAGGGAGAAUUCGAAAAUUUAUUUAAAGAUUGUAGCGAUAGAAUGAUGAAAGUCAGAGGACUUCAAAAAAAUUUAGAUUAAAGACAAAAUAAAUAAGGAAGAGAUAGAGAAGUCGUUGUUUAAGAACAUUAAAUUCGUAGUGAAUUAUAUGAUUGCUAAAAAUUAGUUGAAGAAAUGGAUAGAGUUUUGACUAAAUAAGCUAAAAAAAAAGAAACAAAUAAGCAAGAGUUGGAGUUGAGGAACAAAAAAUAUUUAAAUCUGAAAAAUAUCCUAUAUAGAAUGAUGAAAGAGAAUGGAAUUAACCCUCCAGAGGAACCAUUAAGCGAAGCAGAUGAAAGCAAAAGUGCUAUUCCAGAUUCAGAUAAGCAUAAAUUAAAUGUUUUUGGAGUGGCUGGACCAAGAAAUGCAGGAUAAAGGUAUGAAGCAGAUGAAAAGGAACAAGCAGCUUUAAAAAAUAUUGAAGCAAAUAAUAAAGUUUAAGAUGAAAUUAUUGACAACAUUUAUGAGCUUGUAGGAACUUUAGACAACAAAGUUAAAAAUAUUGGCAGUAAAUAAGAUCAUAUUUAAGGAUAAAUCGUAAAGGUUACUAAAAAAGUAGAUGAAACUAAUAAAAUACUUGACACUUAAAAUUAGAGGCUUAAAGUUUUAAUUACAAAAUAUAGAGCUCCAAGUAAAUUUUGUUUAGAUAUCACUUUAAUCCUUUUUAUUGUUGGUUUAGUUGGUAUCCUUUGGACUAUGCUUAAAUGA